AUGAAUAAAUCUACGGGCGUGUUCUAUGGGAGAGCCUCCGAUGCUGCCAUCGCUCAAACCAAGCUACCAGCUGAGCAAGUUCGCCAAACCUUGACGCGCGAGUACUCGACCCUCCGCUUCCGAAUCGAGUACGGCAACUAUCUGUCCAACCACCUGCUGCACGCGGUCGUGGCGCUGCAUGAGCUUGGCGCGAGUGAGCAAAAGAUCGCGGAGUACGCCGCGCACUACACUCAAAAACUCGAAGCCGAGGGCCCUGACCACGAAGACGUCGUUGAGCACGUUGCAACGCUCGUUGUCCUUUCCGAUGAAGAAGCUCAAGCGUUGCUGGGCAAACGCCAGCAGUACGACGCUCUACUUGCUUACUAUGCUCAGGAUGUCAAGCAACUCGGAGUUGAUGGAGCAGUGUGCAAGCAUCUGCCUAACCUCUUCAGCGGCUUGGCCGGCGCUCUGCUGCACGGUAUCAUCCAGCUAGGCUAUGCGUACCACAUCGGCGGUGACCGUCCUGUUGCUGAAGGACUUGCCUACCAGCACCACUGUUACUUGCCAUUUGACGAGCCGGAGAUGCCGCAGAGUAAUGAGCCACUGCGCCAAUUCACCCGCCAAACGGUAUUCGAAGUCGCUGACGCAGUCGCCAGCAACGAGUUCUUACGGUCCGAACAGGACCGACUCGUGGCGAUCUCACCGGUCAAGGACCUCGACAUCGGCUGGGUCCAGCGCGGUGUCAACGUAUUCUCGGGGCACCCGGAACGCAGCAGUCCUAAGGCUUUUGCUCUCAUCUGGACUCAGGUCAAUGCGUUUGACUUCUCGAACUUCGAUGGCAGCCACGCGCUCGAUAUGGUCAUGUGGUUGUAUGUCAUGCUCAAGCACAACGACUUUAUUAUCCUCCACGCCGCCACGUCGGCCUGGUCGCUCCAGCAACUGGAACACCUGCUGUCACCGUCCGAUAAGGCGAAAGUUUGGCGAGUGUGGUUACACGUAGCGCUGUCGGCGCUGGUGACCUCUCAGUCCCGUGACUUCCGUGAGGAAGAUAUCUGCAGUCCAUCCGACGACCUCGAAGCUCGCCUCGCUGCGCUCCCGUCCUGGCCGCAGCUGCGUGAGAAGGCCCUUGCUCUGCCUGGUUUCCCUGACGAACACGUCUACAAGAUGGUGCAAGUGGCCGAAGAACACGCCAACGCGAAGUACAACAACGUCAACUCCUUCCUAUCGACCACUGAACGCGAUUUUGUAGCUCGCACCGCCGCUAUCACCGUCAUCACGACGCCGUUCAAGCCGCUCACGCAUCCGCCCAAAUCGUGCAACAUAAAACCCUCCAUACAAUCUUCAGGUUUUCCCCCUAUUCAAAACAGAGAAAAGGAAGGAUCCAAUAUGACCAAGCAGGAAGUGGACGAAGGCUCAUACCUUAAGCCCGGCGAGGUGGAUGCCGGCACGUCUAUCAUCGCUGUGCGCUUCAAUGGAGGCGUUGUGCUGGGCGCCGACUCGCGCACGUCCACGGGCACAUACGUGGCCAACCGCGUGAGUGACAAGCUCACGCCACUACACGACCGACUGUUCUGUUGUCGCUCGGGCUCGGCAGCAGACACGCAAGCGCUGAGCGACUACGUUCGCUACUAUCUGAGCUCUCACAGUGUGGAGCUGGGCCGUCUGCCGAAGGUGGGAACAGCCGCCAACUUGUUCCGCUCGCUGUGCUACCACAACAAGGACCGCCUGCUGGCUGGAAUCAUCGUGGCCGGUUGGGACCCGGUGAAGGGCGGCCAGGUUUUCUCGAUCCCCAUCGGUGGAGCCAUGGUGGAGCAGGACUUUGCAAUUGGCGGCAGCGGCUCUACGUACAUUUACGGCCUGGUGGACUCGGAAUAUCGGCCGAACAUGACGAAGGAGGAAUGCCAGAGGUUUGUUAAGAAGGCGCUGGCACACGCCAUGGCGCGCGACGGCAGCUCCGGUGGCGUCAUUCGCACCGUGACCAUCACAGAGAACGAAGUGGUGCGGGAAUUUACCAGUGGCGAGGACUUGCCCUUCUCCAUCUAG